AUGGAAAGAUCAAUCCACAAUUUAGCAAGUAUCUCAACACACCAAGAAGUUCAGCCGCUGAGAACACCGGCUUCAUACAUCCACAGGAUCCAACGUCGCUCGCGGGCCGCCACACGCCACACAAGUAGAGGAAGCAGCGUGGGUCAAAGUGGGGGAACUGGUAGCAUUAGCACUUGCAGCAGCGGUCGAGAUCUGAGUCGACACGUUCCCGUUUCCAGUUACAAGGCGGCCCCCUCAACACAUGACCUGCGCAAUCAAGGCACCUCGCAGGUGUAUGGACACUUCGGCUUGGGACGUUAUGGCUUGGGGAUAGCUUGUGAACGGUCGGUUUCAGCAAGCGAUUCCCAGUCGUCUUCCCAGGCUCUGCGCAGGACAUCGACAAGUUCUCGGGCUGACGCUUCAAAGCGCGACGAACGCGCGGUUGAAUCCCUCGGAGAUACUCAAAACACCAGAAGGCGAAGUUCGCGUCACUGGCUCGGUAUUGGCUGCAUUACACGCGGCAACAGAGAGAGUGAACGCAGCGGCUGUGUGACAGGUGAUGUUCCGGCUCAGGGGUCAGAAGCAACGGAAACUAGUCGUGGUCCCCGACGACGAGCAGAUGCUUGCCCCACGCAGGCAAAGCCUGGUCGCGUUCGCGCAGGCGGGGUCAACGACAAGGAGCAGCUAAUGGUUGCCUCCCCGGCGCCGGUUUAUCGAUCCAGGGGUGAACGCCAAACGGGCUGUGGGGACGGCGGCUGGACAGGAGACGGUCAGUUGCUUAAUGACACACCAAGCGAACCAAAUCGAACAAGGCGCAGGAGAAGAGGGAAAGCAUCCAAACGAUGGAAUGGAUAUAAAGCGGAGACUCCAGCAGAAUGGUCUACAGAAAACGUGAACAGUGAGGGUGAGCACGUCGACGAGGCGGCGCCGUACGGAGAGAAAGCCGAGGCUGCCAGGUCUGCGUUGUGUCGCCGCUCGAGCAAUGGGCAAUACAAAGGAAACGGCAGGGAACUCAGUUCCGGCGUUGGAGAUGUCUCCGAGGCUGCGUGUAUCUCUGAGAUUCAUCACAUCCCAGGUCAAUCCAUUGAUCGCGGGCUAGUCGCACAAGACAGCAAAAAAGCGAUAGAGGAAGGCGUCCGUAUGAUCCUCCGAGCCAUGGGCGAAGACGUCACUCGGCCAGGGUUGCAAGACACGCCUACGAGAGUCGCUGCUGCCAUGGAGUUUUUCUCCCAGGGCUACCGGGCCGAUCCGAAAGAAGUGGUAAAGGACGCCCUCUUCAGCGUGGAGGAGGGGCUCGAAGAAGGGGACUGCCUCACCGGCAACCAAGGCAUGGUCACUGUGGGGCAACUCGAUGUCAGCUCGCUGUGUGAACACCACCUCCUCCCGUUCGUCGGCAAGUGCCACAUUGGGUAUAUCCCCGACAAGCACGUGCUGGGUCUUUCUAAGUUCGCUCGGAUAAUGCGCGUUUACGCAUGCAGAUUGCAGAUUCAGGAGCGACUCACGCAACAGAUCGCCUUGGCCGUGAUGAAAAUUGUGAAGCCUCGUGGAGUCGCGGUGUUGCUGGAAUGCAAACACAUGUGCAUGGCGAUGCGCGGCGUCUCGACUCCUGGCAGCAUGACCACCACUACAGCAUUCCGUGGCGUCUUUGAGUGA